AUGCUGAGCAAACCGCCGUCGACGAGUAGCAACCAGAUGCCUCCAGACCGGAGGAGGUGUUCUCAUUCAAGACAGCAUGUAGCCACCAGACAUGUCCAUCGAGCCUCUUGCCGCAAGUCUGCUGUUAGGCUUGGCGUACACAAUCUGUGGCUGUUAUGCAAUCUGAAUUGCCAGUUGGCAACCGAAAGAGAGGUCGAUGUGAGUAGUGGCGCCAGCAACCGGUCAAACUGGUCCUGCAGGAUGGAGACGCAAGACUGCAUUGAUGCUUUCAGAAAGUUCUAA